AUGGAAGCACUAUCUGCUGGGGAGGAAAUUCAUUGUCCAGAUCAAAGAAGCUUGAAAUAUUUGCUGGAUCAGAAAGAAGUUAAUAUGGAAUAUCAAAGAUGGCUGACGAAAUUAUUGGGUUUUGAUUUCGAAAUUGUUUACAAACCAGGCUGUGACAACAAGGCUGCUGAUGGAUUAUCUAGAAUUGAACCUAUGCGGAGUACAGAAGUGAAUUCCUUAUUGCUUUCGUUAACAAUUCCCUCAGUGAUUCAGUUACAAGACCUCUAUAAGGAGAUUGCAGACAGUAAGGAGAUUCAGGAAUUGAUCAAGCUUGUUUCAGCGGGUACCGUGGCUAACAGACACUACACGGUGACUGAUGGGAGACUUUGGUAUAAGAAGAGGUUGGUUAUUCCGAAGCAGUCCGCCUUCAUUCCUCUGAUUUUAUCUGAAUGCCAUGAUAGCACGUAUGGAGGUCAUUCUGGUGUUCUGAAAACAGUCAAACGUGUGCAGUUGAUGUUUCAUUGGGAGGGGUUAUACAAACGUGUGCAACGACAUGUGAUGGAGUGCAAGAUAUGUCAAACACAUAAGUAUUCAACGUUAUCACCUGCUGGGUUACUACAACCAUUACCUAUUCCUCAGCAAGUGUGGGAGGAUGUUUCGAUGGAUUUUGUUGAAGGCUUACCAAGUUCUCAAGGGAGUAAUGUGAUUAUGGUAGUGGUGGACCGUCUCAGCAAAUAUGGCCACUUCGUGGGGUUAAAACAUCUGUUUACUGCGGUCGACGUCGCAUCUAAGUUCAUGACGGAGGUGGUAAAACAUCACGGGUUUCCUAAAUCGAUUGUCUCCGAUAGAGAUUGCAUCUUUUUGAGUAACUUUUGGAAGGAUCUCUUUCGCCUCUCAGGAACAAAAUUGAAGUACAGCACAGCCUUUCACCCGCAAACAGACGGGCAAACAGAGGUUCUCAAUCGUUGUAUGGAAACGUAUCUUCGGUGUUUUGCUUCUGGUCAUCCAAAGACAUGGCAUAAGUAUUUGGCGUGGGCAGAACUGUGGUACAACACUUCGUUUCAUACCGCGUUGAAGGCAACACCUUUUCAAGUGGUGUAUGGAAGAGAACCUCCUAAGUUGUUGCGGUUCGAAGAAGGGUCUACGACUAACUAUGAUUUGCAGGUGGCGUUAAAGGAACGGGAUGAGAUGCUACUACAGAUUCAACUACAUUUGGCUAGAGCUCAACAACUCAUGAAGACGCAAGCUGAUAAGCAUAGACGGGAUGUGCAGUUUGCAGUGGGUGAUCGUGUGUAUCUUAAGUUGAAGCCGUUUCGUCAAAGCACAGUGGCUCGUCGCUUUUGUCAAAAACUGGCUGCGAAGUUCUUUGGUCCUUAUGAGAUUGUGGAGCGUAUUGGAAAGGUGGCUUAUCGUCUCAAAUUGCCAGCGGAAGCGAAGAUACAUCCUGUUUUUCACAUUUCGCAGUUGAAGGCAGCUUUGGGACAGUAUCACAUCUUACAAGAGAUACCACCUACUUGCACGGACUUGGAGAACUUAAUAUGGGAACCUGAAGACAUAUUGGCUGCAAGAACGAAUAACGAUGGACUGAUGGAAGUACUCGUAAAAUGCAAGGGUCACUUGGAUCAUGAUGCUUCGUGGGUGUUGCUGUCGGAGUUUCAGGCUUCUUUUCCUCAUUACAAGGUUGAGGGCAAGCUUGCUCUCAAUGGGGGGAGUAUUGAUAGGUUCAAAUAUACUUACACGAGGAAGAAAGGGAAAGGAGUGGAUUAAAAGACUCUAGGGGAAACAGAAGGUUUACGGUUACAGACUUGAAGAAUAAACAAAGGAGUAUAAAUAGUCAUUGUCAUGGUUGUUAGAUCUUUAUCGAUUAAGUACAUUGGUGAUUCUUAGCGAUGAGCUGAGUCUACUCAGGUGAUAGACUAGUUGAGAUUCUCAGGUGAUAGAGAUCUCCAUUGUUGUACUUAUCGAGCUUACUAUCAAAAUACAUACAUUUCCUCUGUUAUCUCUAUCUUCACUCUAUCAGAAACUCGCGGACUCCAUCUCAAAGAAGGUCACUUUCGAGGAGAAGGGUCAUCCUGAUUCAGUCCUCACUCUUCUUAGAACUCAUGGCUUCACUGAUCUCAGAUCACCACCAUCAUUACAGACUACCCAUUACUGCUUGUAGCAGAUGCUGAUGAGUCUCUUGCUCCCAAGCUUAAGUUGCUACAGAACAGAGGAGCUUCAACCUCUGAGCUCACUGAGGUUCUUUCUAAAGUCCCCAAGAUCUUGAGAAUCAAAAAGGACAAAGCUUUAGGAAGAUACUAUGAUUUCGUCAGAGAGAUUAUAGAAGCGGAUAAGAGUUCUAAGUUCGAAAGGUUGUGUCUUUCUUUGCCGCUGGGUAGUAGACAGGAGAAUAAGAUCAGGAACGUUUUGGUUUUGAGAGAUCUUGGUGUGCCUCAGAGGUUGUUGUUCCCUCUGCUCAUCUCUAGAUCAGCACAUGUCUGUGGUAAAGAAGGGUUUGAAGAGUCUCUCAAGAAGGUUCUUGAGAUGGGUUUUGAUCCCACAACUCCGAAGUUUGUCAAAGCUUUGCAUACUGUUUAUGAACUGAGUGAUAAAACGAUAGAAGAGAAGGUGAAUGUGUACAAAAGACUAGGCUUUGGUGUGGGAGACGUGUGGAAGAUCUUCAAGAAGCAUCCUUCGUUUCUUAAGUUCUCUGAGAAGAAUAUAUCAAACUCUAUCGAUACGUUUCUAGGCCUAGGAUUCAGCAGAGUUGAGCUUGCGGGGAUGGUCAAGCGCUUUCCUCAGUGCAUUGGGUUAUCUGCAGAGACUGUAAAGAAGAAGAAUGAGUUUUUGGUGGAGAAGAUGAAGUGUAUUUGGAUGUAGCAUGGACAAGAGGAUUGCUCCGAGGUGUGAAGUAAUCAAAGCUCUAAUGUCCAAAGGAUUGCUUGGGAGUGAACUUCCUUCAGUAUCUUCUGUCUUGGCGUGUACUGAUCAUAUGUUUCUGAAAAAGUAUGUGAGUAAGCAUGAUGACAAGGUGUUUGUGGACGAGUUAAUGGCUAUCUUCACCAAAGAUGGUGACUUAUAGAUCAGAAAGCUUGGCAAGGUGUGUGUGUUUUUUUUUUCUUUUGCAUUAACUUUAGAUUUGUCUAUGGAUUUUUUUGUUGCCAUUCAAACUGUUGUAAUCUUAUCAAUUGGUGUCAACUAGUUCUUUAAGUUUGGAGCAUUGAAACGUGAUGCUUUGGUUGAUAUGAUAAAGCAGGAGAACAUUUUGUAAGACAUUGCUUGGUUUAUAGAGAAUUUCAAUCAAGAAGACGAGUGGUUUGGAGCUCUGACAUGGAUCUUAAAUCUAGAGUUAAAAAUCUUCAUGUUUGAAUCCAGAUCGAUUAGUUUGGACCGUUUGGUUACUUCUUCAUAUGUACAAAAGAUGGGGAUCCAUAGGCAAAAAGGGUGUUGAGAUGGGAUUUGAAUCAACCACCUCAAAGUUUGUGGAAGCUCUACGCAUUGUUUCAAAACAAUAGAAGCAAAAAUCAAUGUCUAUCGCCUAUGGGAAAUGUUCAAGAAGUGUUCCAGUCUCUCUCUCUCUCUCUCUCUCUUUCAUACUCGGAGAAGAAGAUAUUGAACUCCAUUGAAACAUUUAUAGACUUGAGUUUCUGAUGAACAGGAUGAAUGGGCCACUAUAUAUAAAGGCCAAGAUUUAGAUAGUUCUUUUACGGCCACUUGCUGGAUACGUAUCGUUCAAAUGACCGUGAUAGAUGAUCAUCAAACACUUAUUUACCAAGAACGAUUUUUUCACUACCUUCACCUCUGAAUAAGUGAACCAUUCUCUUUGCUGUUUUGUUUGAUGCCUGCAAGCAAAGAAUUCAACAGAUUCGAUGAGCACUCAUAGUUUCUUGUGUCAUUUUUAUAUUAUUUUGCUAUUAUGAUUUAUAUGAGGAUUCAAUAGAUUUUAUAUCAUUUAUUAUUCUAUGCGGUUUAAAGAUAAUCACCACAGUUCAUGAGGCAGUGACACAAUUUUCAGAGCUUUUAUGUCCAAAGAAUUUUUUAGUUUUGAAUAAAAAUUUAACAGAUCAUAAAUAUGUCACAUGGAAUGAGGCGUUAAUUAGUUGCCUUAAUCUCAACCUACAUUUUACUCUGCUAUGUCUUAUAUUAAGUGUCGUUCAAAAUUUUUGUACACGAAUUAAAAAAAAUUGUCAACUUUCUAUGUUACCCUACCUCUAUUUAAUAUAGUUUUAUGUUUGGUUUUAUUAAUUAAUGAAUUAAAAUAAUUGUAAAAAUAAGAAAAAUUAUUAAAUAUAUGCAUUGAAAACGUAAAAUAACACUUAUAAUAAAAUAAAAUUUAAAAUCUAGAAUGACAAAACUUAAUAUAAAACGGAAGGAGUAUACUUUAUAGCUAAAUAUCCCAAACAAAGUUUUCUUUGCAAGUCGGAAACGAACAAACUUUGAGUUAGUUAAGUGCAUCCAAAGACAAUCCAAAAAAGAAAAGACAAUCCAAAAAGUAUAUAAUUAUAUUUCUACAAAUUAUUAAAUCUAAAGAUUUCAACCCUGAUCAAAAAGGGACAACCUAAAUAAUACUUUCCAGUAUUUUAUAAAACAAAAAAACAACACAUCUACUAUUAAUCUAGGAGUCUCCGUUCUCCACAUUAUCACACAUUUUGCUAACCAAAAUCGUCUUUCUUCUCCAAAGAAAACCUCUCAACACAUUAGAGUUUGUGAAAAGAUAUGACAAGUGAAGCACCAAGUUGGGCUGAUCAAUGGGGAACUGGAGGGAUCGGAGAGAUGCCGGAGGAAGAUAACACCAAAAGUGCCGGCGGUAAGAAGUCCGGCACGACCAAAGCCAAGAUUAUUGACUUCAUAAGUUUCAAGUGGAUGAAGAAUCUUGUGCACAAGAAGAAGACAAAAGACUCUAAUUCUUUAAAAUGAAAAGAAAGACAACAUUUUCUAUGUACCCUUUUCCUUCUGAAGAUAUCAAAAUCUAUCAUUGUAUUUGUUUAUUUUCAUGUUGAGUUUCAUGUGAGUUAUGUAUGGUGCAUCCCACGAUUGAAUGUUUUUUGUUUGUUUUGUUAUAUAUGACAUGGCUCAAAAUAUUCUUCAAA